UCCAGGUGUGAGGAUUUGGUCUUGAUGUGCCUGGAAUCGAGCGAAAUUCAUUACAGAAAGUAUUGCUGUGAGUCGCUGCUGCGCCCCACCCUGACGAGCCUCGGCCAGUGCUUCACAACGCUGGGCCCGGCCGGCGCGACUACGGAGCUGACGCAGACGUUCGCUGGCCUGAUCGGCGGCUUUAAGGUCAUCUUCGCCGUCAAUGCCAGCGAGCAGAUGGAGUACGACUCCAAGAUCGUCUCGUCACCGUUCCUGGGCGAGGCGGGCAUUCACUUGUCUUUCUCCAACUUCGACAUGAGUCCGUCUGUGUCCACGAGCAUGAAGGCCCUCCGCGUGGCUCCCAACACGUCGGUUUCAGUGGCCCUCUCCUACGCCUCGCUGGACAAGACGAAGCGUUACCAGGAUGUGUGGCCUUGGUCCAAGCCCACCUGCGUCACGGAGGGCAAGUUCUGGGAGCUGUCCGAGGAGGAGCGGUCCCACAUCCACCACAACCGGUUCUUCCACACCUACUACCGCACCUGUCCCAUGGAGCUGACCAACUGCACCCUGCUGGCCCGGAGGUUCAUCAACGAUACGACAGCCGAAUGCCACCCGUCUGACAUCCUGUACCAGAAGGCGGAGGUCAAAGUGAUGAAAAGAUGUCUGGAAAACCACCUCACCCACGACAAGAGUCAGUACAAGCUGUGCGAGGAGACUGAAAUCACUCAGCAAUCGAGCCUCACCACGCUGGCCCCGCAGGUUAUGGAUUCGCAGGAGGGAGUCACCAUUAUGUCCAACAUGACCUACUCCAUGAUCAACAUUUACUACACCCAGCUCGCCUACACGCAGCACCGCGAGAACAUACCGACGAUCUUCACCUGGUUCAGCAGCCUCGGGGGCCAGAUGGGGCUGUUCCUCGGAGCCUCCAUGAUCACCCUUGUCGAGAUCUACUUCACGCUUUGCCGGGUGGUGCGGGUCGUCAUCACCGCCCUCCUCGCCGCCGUCUGCCGCUGGGCCAAGAGGUGUCUCAAGCCUCUUCCGCCGCACCAAGUCCACGCCUGAGCCCCGGCGCGCCCCCGCCAUCCACGCCCCCGCCACACACACGCCCGGUAAGUCUGGUUUUAGUGAUGCCGUGUUGUAGCUGAUGUUCCGUUGUAGUGUUUUCGUUGUACAUGACUGGGUUGUCAGGAAUUUUAGGCCUGCGAGAGGAAAGACUUAAUCUCCUGCCUGGCCUUGGCUUUCCCGUCUCUUCCCGUCCCUUUCCCUUCCUCUCCUUUCCUCUCUUCUAUCCCUCUCCCAUCCCCUCAACCACCCCUACCAUUUCCUCCAUCACCUUCCCCUCACUUCAACCAAAAAAUAGGAUAGGGGGAUAAAAAAAUAGUGAAUGGUAAGUUUAUGAGAGGAAGAAGUCAUGGCCAAGAAAAGGAAAGAAAAGGAAAAGAGGCAAAAGUUGAACGGUAAACCUAGGCGCGAAAAGAGACAUAACGAAGAAUAAGGUAAGGAGAAACAUAACACACAGAAGAGGACCGUAAGCUUACGAGUGGAAAAAGGGAAAACAAAAAAGAGAAAAAAGUUGGCUGUAGUAUCACGAGAGGAAGGACAGAAUAACCAAAAAAUGUAGAGAUGAAAAAACUUGAAAAGGAGAGAAAAGUUGACAGAUAUACAGGGACUUCGUAACACAAUUAUGAUUGUUAAGGUAAGGUCACGCUGGGAGCAUACGCUACGGCUGCGCGUGGCGGCGUUGCUCAUCCCCGUCCCGUUGACCCUUUGAGCCUGUGGCGGGAGAGAACCCUUGACCCGACACAGGGCCAGUGUAACAUCCGGGUCACCACAGUUUACCUUCCCCAGGUUGCUCCAGGAACCCAUUUAUCGACCAGCCCGAAAGGAAGGA